GUCGUUUACCGUCGGUUUUCUCAAAUGGUCGAUAUCAACGCUCUGUAUAGUCACCAGUAUGUUACCGUGGUCAGUGAUGAUCCUGCGUGUUUUUUCCCCGUUUCACAUCCCUUCCUGCCCGCGUUUAUUGUCUGAAUCAUAUAGGCAGCUCUCCAACUCCCUUCAGUCUUUGUUCCAAAGAAGCGUACCCAUCCUGAAUCUGUCAAAUGCCUUCUGUUGCUGCAGUGUUGCACUUCUGUCGCUUAUGCACCAAGUUGGAUGCUGCACUUAACGGGGCUUCGUCUGCUCGUUAUAUUUCUUUUAUCAAACAUCUGUCACCCUCUGUCACCAUCUCGUCUGUGCGUCAUCUCGAGCUACUGUAUGGCCCUAUCUCGAACCACGCACCAGGCCAUUCCCUGAACCAUGAACUAGUCCGACCGGCUCUCGAGUGUAUCAAACAGGAUCGAGGUCCAUGACUGAGCGGGGCUGCCAGAGGCCUCUUCAUGAAGCCUGCCAGGAAGGUGACGAAGGUCAAAGGGAAGUGAAAGGCCGAUGGACCUGCAGGACAUCCAUCGCCUGCGAAGAAUAGGGCAGGCUAGAGUAACUUACUCUGAGUAAUGCCGCCUGAGGCAGCAAGUUUGCUUCCAUUUCUUGGUAUUGGCGGUCAAAUCAUCGUGUCUAUCUAUCUAUCUAGUGGUAUACUUCGUCUUCAUUCAUUGCGUUUGCCAGUGCGAGUGCUGGAGUUGGUCUUGAUUUUGAUUCUUGAAGGUAGUUUUCCCCCAUUGUCCUAGUUCUUGUGUGGAUAAUCAGCAGUUACACUGCGAUAAUCUGCGUACUCAACGAGGUCGUUGUUCGUACGGCGCUAUACCCUGAGUAUUGCUUGAACCCCACAGUUUUUGCUUGCCUCAGAACAUAUGUGAUGAACGGCUG